AGAGACGACUUCCCAUAAUUACUGUUGCUGUAUUUCUGAACGUGGCGGAAUAUAUUUUAAGAUGUGGGAAGUAUUUAGCAAAGUAGAGAAGUGAAAACAUUUAAAUCAAUGAAUGCAUCUUUCUGUCAUGCCACGGUGAAGAGGGAGAAGUGAUUUCAGCUGUGACACGUCGAGACUCAGGGUAUUUUCUCUUUAAUUUCAAUCCUAUAUCAUGUUUUAUGGAGUGUGCUGCUGGAGUAAUAAGACUUCUUGGAUAGGUGAUGUACUUUAAUGGCUUUUAAAAAUGUAUUUAUUUAAUUUGAGUUAAAAGGAUGCAUUCAAAGAACCUUCGUGGCUGUUUUAUUUGAGCAACAAGUACUAUAUAAUAGAUGAAUACCUUUUCAUUGAUAAACACAAAUUAAAUUUCAAUUCUGUCGAUAUAAUUGACCGUACAACAUGUCGGUAUCCCUUAAACACUGAGAAAGCAUAAAACAACUUGUCACACUCAAUAAUUGGUCUUUUUCCUGGACGACAAGGACGAGUAAGAAAAGCCCAGGUGUGCAUAGUAUAAAUAAUGAUUGCUGGAUUCUAUUUAGGGUCCUGGUAUUGUGCAUGUCGGCUCACUGUCGCACUGUCGAGGCUUACUGGGACACAGAGCCAUCAUUAAUGGUAUUGGUAGCUCCUGUGUUUUUCCUACUAUGACAGGUGAAAAUAUCUGCUGUGAAAAACUCCUAUAGUUUAGUGAAUAACAGUUUUUCCCCCCAAAAAAUAUGGCUUUUCUUUGUUUAUAUUUUCCAAAAUGCCUUUUGGAGGGAACUAAUUUAUUAGAUGUUUUAUUUAAUAUGUAUCUCAGAUGAUGGAGGGGCCGUUUGAUAAAUAUGACCAUGUGUACAGUUUGUCAGUUCUAGCCACAGUCAACAAUUCUAGUUUGUAUUCUAAGAGUGUGUUGGGACAACACUAUGCAAGGAAAGGCCUGAUGGGUCGCUUUUCUUUUCUUCUGUGUUUUAUAGGAACUCAAGAUGAGAAUCCUGACAUUUCUCUCGUUCGUCCUGCUGCUAAUGCAUCAAAGCUUCUCACUCUCCAGAGCACAGUGUCGCAGCUGUGAGCAAACAUCCUGCAACUGCUCGGGACAAAACCUGACCACGGUCCCUGAGGCUCCUUCAACGCUCAUCACUGAACUCGAUCUCUCCUUCAACAGACUGCAGACGAUAGUGAAAAAUGACUUUGUUGCGUUUUCCCGUCUGCAGUCUUUGAUCGUGAAUAACAACAGAAUCCAAAAGAUCCACGACGAAGCAUUUUUCCCGCUGACUAAUUUGGAGAAGUUGGACUUGUCCUUUAACAGACUGAAAACAUUGUCUGCUGGAUGGUUUGAAAACCUUUUUUCUCUUCGUCACUUGAAUCUUUUGGGGAACAAAUAUAAAAUGUUGGGUCAAGGCAACGUUUUCCAGCCGCUGAAGAGAUUAAGGACCUUACAUUUUGGAGGCCCUGACCUUCAAUCUGUCCGAAAAAGUGACUUGUCUGGUCUCAGUGUUCUUGAAGAGGUUGUUUUUGAUGGAAAGAAUCUGCGGUAUUACGCAGAAGGAAGUUUAAGACAAAUUGGGCCACUCAAAUUUGUCACACUUGGUCUGAAUGGUCCAUUUUGGAGAAAUCAACCACUCGUAGAAGCUAUACUGUCUGAUGUCGUACACCAAAACACAACCCUAACAUUCACUGACACACAGUUUUACACAGAGGAUCAAAUCCUCCCAUUGAAAAUGGCCCACCGCGGCGGAACUACAAGUGUUAUUUUCAAAGAUGUUACUAUGACCGUUCCGGCUACCAUGGCAUUUCUGCAUAUUAUGUCGGACUCUAAUUUGACUAAGUUGGCACUUGUAGAUACUAAACUCCUCCUAAGUUCUUUGGGUAGCAUUGAAUAUCCCCAACACUUUAACCGUUUGGAGGCUGUUGUCUUGAAAAAUGUUGCUGUCCCUCAGUUUUACAACUUCCCAGUCUUUUUCCUGGGGCCUCUGGUGGGCAUGGUGCGAAGAGUGUCGCUGCUAAACUGCAAGUUUUAUCUCUGGCCUUGUGAGUACUCUGUUGAUUUCUCAAAUCUGGAGUAUAUGGACGUCAGUGACAACUUGCUUAGUGAUCUGGCCUUCGGCGAAAUGAUGUGCGAUGGUAAUGGUGGUCUUUGGACUCUGCAAACCAUCAAUGUCAGCAGGAAUCACCUUCAGUCGAUCAACAGCCAGCUCUUCACCAAACUAAGUAAGCUUAAAAACAUCGACAUGAGUGGAAAUGCAUUUCAUAGUAUGCCUGAGACUUGUUACUGGCCGCCAAGUCUCCAGUUCCUAAACCUUUCAUCAACACAUUUACUAAAAGUAACCACUUGUUUGCCGGUGAGUUUAAGAAUCCUCGACAUAUCAGACAAUGACUUGACCGUGUUCAACGUCAAACUACCUUUUCUCACAGAGUUAUACAUCUCUGGCAACAAGAUCGUUACGUUGCCAGACGGGGUUUUAUACCCUCGUCUCACGUUUCUCUCCAUUCCAAACAACGACUUACAGACAUUCAGCAGCAACACUCUGAAUCAUUAUAAUAAUCUGAAGAGUCUGGAGGCUGGUGCUAACAAGUACAUCUGUUCAUGUGACUUUGUAGCGUUCAUGACGAGUUCUCGCGUCAUAUUUGGAGAUGAUUCCAAGUCGUACGUCUGUGACUCCCCUGACGCCGUGAGAGGAAAGAGUGUGGCAGAAGCGAGGUUGUCAGUGUUUGAGUGCCACACGGCUUUAGCGGUUUCUUUACUCUGCUCAGGCUUCCUGGUGGUGUUUCUGAUCGUCGCAGGUUUGUGUCACAAAUUCAGCGUUGUGUGGUAUUUGAAGAUGACCUGGUACUGGCUGAGGGCCAAGAGGAAGCCAAAGUUAAAAAAGGGCGAGCUGGAGUAUGACGCCUUUGUGUCCUACAGUGAAAUGGACUCUGGUUGGGUGGAUGCACAUCUGGUCCCGGAGCUGGAGCAGACCGAGCCACCUCUCCGGCUCUGCCUCCACAAGAGAGACUUUGUUCCCGGAGGCUGGAUCUUGGACAACAUCAUGGUCGCCAUAGAGAAGAGUCACAGAACUCUGUUUGUCCUUUCUCCGCAUUUUGUCAGCAGUGAAUGGUGCAAGUAUGAGCUGGACUACACCCAUUUUAGAGUGUUUGACCAAAACGACGACACAGUUGUGCUGAUUCUGUUGGAGCCCAUUGAUAAAGAGACAAUUCCCAAAAAGUUCUGCAAGCUGCGGAGGCUCAUGAACUCUCGGACGUACCUGGAGUGGCCUGAUGAUGACGACCAGAUCUCCAGGUUCUGGCACAGCUUGAAAACAGCUAUUAAAAGGCCUGAUAAUGGGAACUGUGUACAGUUUGACAAUGUGGACUUUUAAUUUCAGAGUUUUACUUUGCAGCUUUUUUUUUUUUUUUUAAUCUGUAACUUUUAAAUUCAGUUGGAUGAAUGUCAAUAAAAUGUCUUUGGUCAUAAAUUGGGCCUGCUCAAUAUCGGUUGUAGCCAUCCAUUCAUUCUUUAAACCCAUUAUCCCAUCCUGGUUUCCCCAAUGCGUACUUCCCCGGCAACCCUGCCUUCUAAAAAUGACAUUUCUGCACAUUUAAUUUGUUGUGUUGUCAAUUAGAUUUUGUGAGGAAUUCCGAGUGAUUAACUCUAGCCAUUGAAGUGCUACAUUUAUGCACACGGUGACCUAGGGAGUUUGAUCGGGGUGUAAGUUGGGUGUACAAAGUUCAGGGCAUAUUCAUCCUGUUUAACAUCAGAGGGAUAAGCUACAUAUUGCCUAU